AGCUGCGUCGUAUUACAAAACUUCCUGGUUUGGCCAUUGAAACGGAUGUCUCCUCUCCGUUAGAUGUUCAGUAAAUGUCAACAGCUCCGUCUCGCUUCAUAGCAGGUUUACAUUUGUGACCGCCGCCGCCGCCAUCAUGAACCCGGAGAAGGACUUCGCUCCGCUGACGCCCAACAUCGUGCGGGCUCUGAACGACAAACUGUACGAGAAGAGGAAAGUCGCCGCUUUGGAGAUCGAGAAGCUGGUCCGGGAGUUCGUGGCUCAGAACAACUCCACACAGAUCCGACAUGUCAUCCAGAUCCUGGCGUCGGAGUUUGCCCUCUCCCAGCACCCCCACAGCCGCAAGGGGGGUCUGAUCGGACUGGCCGCCUGCUCCAUCGCCCUCGGUAAGGACUCGGGUCUGUAUCUGAAGGAGCUCAUCGAGCCCGUGCUCACGUGUUUCAAUGACUCAGACAGCCGCCUGCGCUACUAUGCAUGCGAGGCCCUCUAUAACAUAGUCAAAGUGGCCAGGGGGGCCGUGCUGCCCCACUUCAACCUGCUCUUCGAUGGCCUCAGCAAGCUGGCAGCAGAUCCGGAUCCCAAUGUGAAAAGCGGAUCAGAGCUCCUGGACAGACUGCUGAAGGACAUAGUGACGGAGAGCAACAAGUUCGACCUGGUGGCGUUCGUCCCGCUGCUGAGGGAGAGGAUCUACUCCAAUAACCAGUACGCCAGGCAGUUCAUCAUCUCCUGGAUCCACGUCCUGGAGACCGUGCCAGAUAUCAACCUGUUGGACUACCUCCCCGAAAUCCUGGACGGGCUCUUCCAGAUCCUGGGAGACAACAGCAAGGAGAUCCGCAGGACGUGUGAGGUGGUGCUGGGGGAGUUUCUGAAGGAGAUCAAAAAGACUCCAUCCAGCGUGAAAUUUGCAGAGAUGGCCAACAUCUUGGUGAUCCACUGCCAGGUCGCUGAUGAGACCAAACUCUCAAACGACCUGAUCCAGCUCACGGCUAUGACCUGGAUGAGAGAGUUUAUCCAGCUCGCGGGCAGAGUGGUGCUCCCCUACACCUCUGGCAUCCUAACUGCAGUGCUGCCGUGCCUGUCCUACGACGACAGAAAGAAGAACACCAAAGAAGCGGCCAGCGCCUGUAACCACAGUCUGAUGAAGCUGGUGACUGCUGAGGAUGACGAGGAUGAGGAGGAGGAGAAAAGUGGAAGCACGGAGUCGCCGGCCAGGGAAGACGGACAGCCAAAGAUGGAGGCAGACAGCAAUGAUAUGCUGAAUGCGUCGCAAGAAUCUGUUGGUUUCAGUAAUAUCAGCUUCUUUGCUCCAGCGAAUGCCGAACGGCCUCAGGUGACACUGGACCUGGAUGGAAUUGUUCAGGUGUUGGACCGUCACCUCCACGACUCCUCCACUGGCAUGAUGACCCGUAUCGCCGUGCUCAAAUGGCUCUACCACCUCUACAUCAAGACACCGCGCAAAAUGUUCCGCCACACAGACAGCUUGUUUCCCAUGCUGCUGAAAACACUGUCUGAUGAGUCUGAUGAGGUGAUCCUGAAAGAUCUGGAGGUGUUAGCUGAGAUUGCAUCAUCUCCUGCCGGCCAAAUGGACCAAGCAGGCGUCUGCGACGGCACCGACAGCAAACUGGUGCUCAAGGUCCCAGACGGAGCCAAAGCUGUACAGCAGCACAGCACGGGUUCCAAAGCAGUGGACUCCUCCCCCUCCACUCCCAGUAUGAACUCCUAUUUUUACAAGUUCAUGAUCAACCUGCUGAAACGCUUGAGUCAAGAGAGGAAGCUUCUGGAGAACAGAGGAGCUUUCAUCAUCAGGCAGCUGUGUUUGCUGCUUCAUGCAGAGAACAUCUUCCACUCCAUGGCUGACAUCUUGUUGAAGGAGGAGGACCUCAAAUUUGCCUCCACUAUGGUUCAGACGCUCAACACCAUCCUGCUCACCUCUGCCGAGCUCUUCCAGUUACGCAACCAGCUGAAAGACCUGCGCACUCAGGAGAGCUGCGCUCUGUUUUGCUGCCUCUAUCGUUCCUGGUGCCACAACCCCGUGGCCACUGUGUCGCUCUGCUUUCUCACACAGAACUACAAACACGCCUACGAUCUCAUCCAGAAGUUUGGAGAUCUAGAAGUGACGGUAGACUUCCUGAUGGAGGUGGACAAACUUGUACAGCUCAUAGAAAGCCCCAUUUUCACCUACCUGCGCCUGCAGCUGCUGGACGUGGAGAACAACCCUUAUCUGAUCAAGGCGCUGUAUGGUCUGCUGAUGCUGCUGCCACAGAGCCAGGCCUUCCAGCUGCUCUCCCACCGCUUGCGCUGCGUCCCUAACCCAGAGCUCAUGAGGACUGUGGACGAGUCCAGGUACAUGGACUCUAAACAGCAAACGGCAUCCAAACGUGCCUCACACGCUCAGAUGGAUUACAACGAGCUGCUCCAGCAUUUCGACCGCGUCCAGAGCAAACAUCUGGAGGUGCGACACCAGCGCUCUGGACGUGCCUCGGACCACCCUGACAGGAAGCUGAUGUGAAGUCAUUGUGCCAUUGUGUCAUUGUGCCUCAGGUCAUUGAGAACAGUAAGAGAAGGGUGAAGGAAAUUAUGUCAGGACAUAUAUCUAGUUGUACUGAAAGAUGCUAAUGAAGCCAAAAAGUAUUAAGUGAGUACAAUUUAAAAACUGUCUUAUCAGAGAAGCACUGGAUAUACAAUAAAUUUUCAAUAAACAUC